GACUCCUCAACCAUUCCCCACUCGUUCAAUCAAUCUUCUCUCUUCAACAGUAGCAACAGUUCACCGAAAGAUUCUCAAAUUCAAUGGCGCCGAAAGCAGAAAAGAAGCCGGCGGAGAAGAAGCCAGCCGCCGAGAAAGCCCCGCCGGCGGAGAAGAAGCCGAAAGCCGGUAAGAAGCUACCGAAAGAAGGAGGCGCCGCCGCCGCCGGAGAUAAGAAGAAGAAGCGGACGAAGAAGAGCGUGGAGACUUACAAGAUCUACAUCUUCAAGGUGCUGAAGCAGGUGCACCCUGACAUCGGGAUCUCGAGCAAGGCCAUGGGGAUUAUGAACAGUUUCAUCAACGACAUCUUCGAGAAGCUUGCGCAGGAGGCGUCGCGGCUGGCGCGUUUACAACAAGAAGCCGACGAUAACAGCUCGUGGAGAGAUGAGAAGGAAGCACUCGAGCAGCAGCUGCAAAUGGUUUUGAUGAACAGCGAUCAAAUGUUGGAUUGCACGGCGUCGGAUUUGGCAUUGGAGGAUACCAUAUAUGCUUUGGACAAGGCUGUGCAGGAAGGAGCAGUGCCAUUCGAUCAGUACUUGAGGAAUGUGCGGCUUUUGGCACGAGAGCAGUUUUUCCAUCGUGCCACGGCAUCCAAAGUUAGGGCCAUCCAAUGCAGGCUCAGCUUCACAUUGGGCAUUAUGAAAGUUGAUACAGUUCUGUAUUUUUGUCUCAAUGAGUUUAUAGGUUAUUUGGAUUAA